AUUCAUUUUCUCUCAUCACUUAUGGUCUCACCUAGCUAAGGCUCCAGGACCUAUUGCAUUUCAUCUUCCUUCCUGUUGACAUCGGUCUUCCAGAAUCAAGUAAUCAACUAUCGUCUCAUCUUUCUAAGAAAAAGACGUCUUCUCCAAUGGCCUCCGUCCCUCCUCUAGGUAAAGGUGAAGAGCCGUAUCGCCUGUUCCAUGCAGCUUACUUCGGUGACCUGCCGCUGGUCAAGAGGCUGUUGAAUCUCCUUGAUGCGAAAGAUGGUUUACCGGAAGCAAUCGCGAGUAUAAAGGAUGACGAUGGUGCAACCCUUCUUCAUGUGGCCGCUGCAGGUGGACAAACUAAGGUCUGCAAGUAUCUUGUGGAGGAAGUAAAAGUUGACGUCGAUUUGAGGGAGGAACUAGAUCAGAAAUCAUUUGGUAGUCUAGGUGAGAGUCCUUUACAUUAUGCAAGUAAAUGUGGUCAUUAUCGCACGGCUGUUUAUCUUCUUAAGAAGGGUGCAAACCCAAAUGCUGCUCAUGCUGUUAUUGGGCUGACUCCUCUGCAUUGUGCUGUAAGUGGAGGAUCUAAGAAACUUUUGAAGUUGUUGAUAUCAAAAGGUGCCAACCUUAAUGCAGUAGCUGAUUGUGGCACUCCAUUGCAUCUUGCUGCUGGUUGUGGCAAUGAGGAUUGUGUUGAGGUUUUGCUGGAUAACCAUGCUGAUCCAAAUAUGAUUGUUCAUGAUAUACAUUCUCCCUUGAUGACAUCUAUUGGAGCUAAAUCCAUUGAAUGCAUGAAGCUGUUGCUUAAGGCAGGGGCUGAUCCAAACUUAAGUGGUCCGAUUGGAAUGUCACCUUUGUCACUGGCAGCUUCGGGAGGAUCAACUGAAAUUAUUCAGUGUCUAUUGAGUGCUGGAGCUGACCCAAAUGUCAUUGAUAAUUUAACAGGGGUGAAACCAGUUGAAGAAGCAGCAUUGCAUCAUAAUCACGAGGCUGUUAGGAUUCUCCUUCCAGUUACUUCUCCCAUUCCAAUUAUAUCUGACUGGAGCUACGCUGGAAUAAUGAGGCAUGUUCAUUCUAAAGAGGGUGAAGAAGGGAGAGAGAGACACUUGAAGGAAGAUACCUUGUUCUCAAAAUCCAAGGGAGAAGAGCUUAUCAAUAAAAAAGAUUAUAUGGGUGCUAUUUAUUGGUACACAAAGGUGAUCCGUGCUUCUCCUACUGAUGCAGAUGCACUAUCCAACCGAAGCUUGUGUUGGGCCCAAUUGGAAAUGGGAGAGGAGGCAUUAAAAGAUGCUCAUUGUUGCAUCUUGCUAAGACCUGGCUGGGCGAAGGCUUACUACAGGGCUGGUGUGGCAUGGAUGUUGUUGAAAGAAUUUGAGAAAGCUGCCGACGCGUUUUAUGAUGGUUGGAAGUUGGACCUUGAAGAUGAGGAGCUUGAACACGCAUUUUGGUAGCAGUUUCUUUCCAAACUUCAGCUUUAGAUCUAUAAUAUUAACAUGCCAAACCAUAGAAUGUACAGAUGCAAGUCCAGUCUAUGCUGUAUUUUCUUUCAAAAUGUUGUAACUUACACUUCCAUAUUUUCCUAUAUGGCAGGGAGGCAUUUAACGCCCAACGAACGUAGCUCAGAACCGGAAAAUCAUUAGUGCAUGGUGUUCAAAUAGCACCAUAGUUUCAAUGUGGGGAUGGGAAUGCCGGUGAAAGACUGUCUUUCUUAGAAGAACGUGAGAAGUAACAAUCUAGUAUCUACUAGUUCUGGCUUCUAAGUUCUGUCAGCAUUUGAUGCCUUUUUGUGUCACUACAGUCUUUUCUUCCUAAUAUUUUGUUAUGUAAUUAGCUACGUAAUGAAAGCUUGUCUACAAGGCAGAAGGAUCUCUCUGAACUGGUUGGUACUUGUUAUUGGAAAAUUAAUGUUUUUAUUACUUCUUGUUUUUUUGAAUAACUAAUAUGUGUUAUGUAAUACAAGGUAAUUUAUCCA